CAUCUCUUGGGGUAAGAACAUACCAAAACCAAAAGAAGAAGAAGGUACGUGAAAGAGAAAGAACAAUGUCAGGAAUCAUUCACAAGAUCGGAGAGACCCUUCAUGUGGGAGGGCACAAGAAAGAGGAGGAGCACAAAGGGGAGCACCAUGGUGAACACAGUGAGUACAAAGGAGAGCACCAUGGUGAACACAAGGAUGAUCACCAUGGUGAAUACAAAGGGGAGCACAAGCCCGAGCACCAUGGAGAAGAGCACAAAGAAGGGUUCGUAGAGAAGAUCAAGGACAAGCUCCACGGUGAAGGUGCUGAGGGCGAGAAGAAGAAGAAAAAGGAGAAGAAGAAGAAACAUGAAGAUGGCCAUGGCCAUGACAGCAGCAGCAGCAGUGACAGUGAUUAGAUAUCACUGCUGCAUCACCUAUAUAUAUUAUAUAUGUUAAGCUAAGGUGUAUGUGACCAUAGCAGUGAGGGCUGUGACUUCUUUUCUUGCUUUCUUGUGAUCUGCAUUUAUGAGUGGAAAAAAAAAGUGAGAGAAAAUUGUGGUGUGUGGUUGGAGAUUGAAGUUUUAUGAAUCUGUGGUUUGGUUGGUGUGUAAUUAACCCCACUGCUUUGGUUGUAUAUUAUCAUAUGAAAUAAAAAUUUCAAUUAUCAGUUUUAGUAUUA